AUGAGCUUAUCCUGCCUCCGGGCGCCUCUCCGGCUGGCAGCAGCAGUCCGACCCGUUAAUCGCACCCUCCUCUCGCUCUCGCCAUUACCAUCAUCAUGCUUUUUUAGACCCACCUUUACAACGCCAUCACCAAACAACAACCCCCAAUCUCGCCCCUCCUCCUCCAGCUCCCAGUGGAAACAACGCCAAUCCCGAGACCGCUUCGCCCUCGCGGCCAGAGUCCAAGGCCUCCGCUCCCGCGCCGCCUUCAAGCUCCUAGAGAUGCAAGAAAAAUACUCCCUCUUCCGGCCCCGCAGGAACCAGAUUGUCGUUGAUUUGGGGUACGCCCCUGGGUCGUGGUCGCAGGUGGCACUUGACGCGACGGCCCCGGACGGGAAGGUGAUUGGCAUCGACUUGUUGCCUGCGCAGCCGCCAAAGGGGGUGAGCACCAUCCAGGGAAACUUUCUCAGCAAGGCGGUGCAGGAGAUGUGCAAAAAUUUUGUGUUGGAGGCGGAUUUGAAACGGAGGAAAAUGGAGAGGAGGCGGGAGUGGGCGGCAAAAAAGAGCAUUGAGAUAGAUGAGGGAGAGGUGGAGGAGAGGGGGAGUUAUAUCGAUUUGGAGAGGCGGUCGGCGCAGCAGGAGGAGGAGUUGGAACAGGAGAAGGGCAUGAAUAUGAGGGUGGUUGAUGUGGUGUUAAGCGACAUGUUGAUGAACACGAGCGGAAUUUCUCUCAGGGACCACGCGGGGAGCAUGGAACUCUGCAAAGCGGCGUUGACGUUUGCCAGCGAAACACUGAAACCGGACGGGCACUUCGUGUGCAAGUAUUACGAAGGGAGUGGCGACGAUGAGUUGAAGAUGGUGCUGAAGAAGAUGUUUGCAAAGGUGCAUAGGGAGAAGCCAAUGUCGUCGAGGAAGGAAUCGAGAGAGGCCUUCUAUGUGGCGCUGAGAAGGAGGGAAGAUGUUACGUUUGAGCAUGUGGACGGGAUGUAUAAGAUUCUUCAAGAUGGUGAGGUGGUCUGUGGCAUUGUGUAG